AUGACUUUGUGGUUGCUAAUGCGUUUCAGCCCCGAGCUACCAACAUCCAAUUCGGCAUCUGCGGCUUCUGCAACCUCUACCCCAAGCAUCGAUCCUUCAAAUGACAAUCUUUUCCAACUCGUUCUAACGCCUCAAUUUACUUUCUCCAAGAGGCAGGGCAGUGGAUACGUCGGCAAUAAUGGCCAAUCCACGCAAAAUUGCGCCAACGCCACGGUCUACUCCCUAUCGUCGAACGGUCAGCUAUUCGCCACUAACAAUGGGACAACCCUGCAGUUUGGCACUCAACCAGGUGUAACUUAUGCCGACUUCACUCCAAGCGCCAAUCCUGGCGUGAUUACUACCUUGUUCACUAUUGACACCCAGGACUCGCUGAAUUGGCAAAAUCAGAACUUUUACAACAAUAUUGCUCGCUUCUGCGUCACAACCGAUGGCACCCUCCUUUCAGUCUUUGGUGAUCCGAGAUCUGCACCCUCUGGUUGUGGCUUCGUGACCCUGACGCUGUCGCGACUCAAUAACUGCGGCGGCUUGCCUGGUCCAAGCGGGCCCCCGGGGCCCAGUGGUCCGACUGGGCCCACAGGUGUUGCUGGGCCUUCAGGACCCUCAGGAGCUUCGGGUCUACGAGGCAGUGUCGGUCCAACCGGCCCUCAAGGUGUGCAAGGAAUUCAAGGUCCGACUGGUCCGACCGGAGUCGCUGGUCCCUCAGGUCCGCAGGGCAUCCAGGGCCAACAAGGCGUUCAGGGCCCACAAGGCAUUCAAGGUCCAAGUGGUGCCUCGGGUCCGACUGGUCCGACUGGUCCGACUGGUGUUGCAGGUCCCUCUGGUCCACAGGGCCCGCAAGGUAUCCAGGGUGUACAAGGCAUUCAAGGUCCAAGUGGUGCCUCGGGUCCAACUGGUCCGACUGGUGUUGCAGGUCCCUCAGGUCCCUCUGGUCCACAGGGCCCGCAAGGUAUUCAAGGUCCUACUGGUCCAACUGGAGUUCAAGGCCCGCAAGGCGUGGCAGGACCCACUGGUGCUACUGGCGUACGCUAUUCCACCCAUCUCUCUAACGAAGCUGUUGUGACUGAUACAAACCUUAGCCGCAAGGAGUGUCCGGUGCGAGUGGUUUACCUGGUGCUACGGGCCCAGCAGGACCUCAAGGUAGCCAGGGACCUCAAGGACCGCAGGGUAUUCAGGGAGUACAAGGAGUACAAGGAGUACAAGGAGUACAAGGAGUAG